GCGAUUUUCACUUUAACCGUGAUACUUCGUGUUCACUUCGGACUCAAUCUUUCUUGUACACGUAUUCACGAUUCACGAUUCACAUUUUCACCGCGAAAAUUCUCUCAUACCGUUCAUACGUUAGCAAUCACUCUUCGCGGUUUCGCCCCGGAUCCAGAAAGACCUUCGCGGUUUGCUCUCGCCUCUACCCUUCCGAACUUUCGUAACUCUUCGCCGAGUGUGGAAGAAAAGGGACGCCAAUGGAUGAAGAUCGGCCUCAUAAACUAACCCGAGCUAUAAUCGCCACUUUGAUCGGAGUACUGCUGACGCUGAGUAAUUCUGAAAGAGCCCUAGCGUCCAAAUCUCCAUCAGCUUUCGUUCAGAACGUCAUUUACUCCAACAAAAUCGCCAUCUUCUCCAAAUCUUACUGUCCGUAUUCCAUGCGUGCCAAGCAUAUAUUUCAUGAACUAAAGGAGUUACCUUUUGUUGUGGAGCUGGAUCUUCGAGAUGAUGGGAACCACAUUCAAGAUGUCCUUCUAGAUCUGGUGGGCCACAGAACAGUCCCGCAAAUAUUCGUUAACGGGAAACAUGUUGGUGGAUCUGAUGAUCUCUAUAAUGCUGUUGAAAAUGGGCAACUGAAAUCACUCCUAAGCAAAGAAUGAUCCUGAAUGACACAUGGUUUGCUAGAGUUACAAAGUCAAUUGCUGGAAGGCCUAACUAAAUUGUGCAGGAAAGACUUUGUUAAAGCUACCACUGAAUAUUGAUGCCUACGUGAAUAUAUGGUAGUUGUGACUUGUGAGGUUGGAUGUAUAAUUUUUUUCUGAAACAGCACCAAUUGGUAAUUUACGACGUAGUAUUUGAGACAAUACCACUACAGGAUUGGCAGUCUGGGUCCAGUGCUCUAGUCAUAUUUCACACAAUCAUUUUCAAAGUGGUGCCUGUCCUAGUGUCCUAUUUAUUCACACAAUCAUUUACAGUCCUCUACUACUGUUUUGAUAUGAAUCAGAACUAGAAUCUUAUUGAUCACAGUACAUGUUGUUUGGAAUAAACCUUUUCGGUGAAGAAACACAUGUAUAACAUUCAUCAUUAGUAACUAAAUAAGC